UGUUGGUGGCAGUUCGUGGUGCCGCUGUGGACGUGGGCAGAGGCCAGCGGCGGCGGGACUGCGGCAGCGCGGGGCGGCAGGCACUGCGGGCGGGGGCACUGCAGCACCGCGGCCCUCGGCGGCCGGGCAGCGGCCCGCUGGAGGGGGCGCUGUGGGCACCAUCAAGCGUCCUUUUGUCAGCGCGCACCGCCAGGAGAACUCUCAUUUCCUCCCAGCCUCGUGCGGGAAAUGGAUUUAAUUCUGACUGCAGCGCUGUAAGAGACGAGCGGGAACGAAUGCCUUUUGUCAAGGACUGACAGCCUCUGUUGUCUGUAACCACCAGUGACGCGGAGAAGCUGCAUUGCUGGUGGAAUUCCGGGCAGCUCUGUCAAGUGCGGGGCUGCAGGAUGGGGAGAAAUCGUUGCUCUGCAGAUUAGCUGAGUGCAUUUGUUUAAUCAGAUCCAAAAAAGAAAAAGGAGGAAAAAACGACGAAACAAAAGAAAAACAACAACAGCCCACAGUGGAAGACCAGAGAUGGAUGAGAAGCCGUGCAGAAGGAUGAGACAGUUUCUUGGUUGACCCUGUUAGAGAUUGAUGAACUGGAGCAGUCAGAAGCCAUUAGCGUUGCCCCAGUGAGCUGCUGUUCAAUUCAGAAGCAUCGGCGGAGCCCAGGGAGACGUGCCACCAGAGUUUCCACCCAGAUGUCUGAAAUCCUUUAGAUGUGGACGGUGUCCCUGAGAACGGAGCAGGGUGCAUAGACCAGACGCUGAGAAGAGGAAGCCUGGGACAAGGCCGGUCCAGCCUCCUGGGUUCCAGGAGUGGAUUGUAAACCCAUCAGAACAAUGAGUGAGGAGACUGUGCCCGAGGCCGCCUCCCCGCCACCUCCGCAGGGGCGGCAGUACUUCGACCGAUUCUCUGAGGACGACCCUGAGUACAUGCGCCUUCGCAACCGUGCGGCGGACCUGCGGCAGGACUUCAACCUGAUGGAGCAGAAGAAGCGCGUCACCAUGAUCCUGCAGAGCCCCUCUUUCAGGGAGGAGCUGGAAGGCCUCAUCCAGGAGCAGAUGAAAAAGGGGAACAACUCCUCCAACAUCUGGGCCCUGCGGCAGAUCGCGGACUUCAUGGCCAGCACCUCCCACGCAGUCUUCCCAACAUCUUCCAUGAACUUCUCCAUGAUGACACCUAUCAAUGACCUUCACACGGCCGACUCCUUGAACCUGGCCAAGGGGGAGCGGCUAAUGCGGUGCAAGAUCAGCAGUGUGUACCGACUCCUCGACCUCUAUGGCUGGGCCCAGCUGAGUGACACCUAUGUCACGCUGAGGGUCAGCAAGGAGCAGGAUCACUUCCUGAUUAGCCCUAAGGGAGUUUCUUGCAGUGAAGUCACAGCAUCCAGUCUGAUCAAGGUGAACAUCCUGGGAGAGGUGGUGGAAAAGGGCAGCAGCUGCUUCCCAGUGGACACCACAGGCUUCUGUCUGCACUCGGCCAUCUACGCAGCCAGACCCGACGUGCGCUGUAUCAUCCACCUGCACACACCGGCCACAGCAGCGGUGUCAGCCAUGAAGUGGGGCCUCCUGCCUGUCUCUCACAAUGCCCUGCUGGUGGGGGACAUGGCCUAUUACGACUUCAAUGGUGAAAUGGAGCAGGAAGCGGAUCGGAUCAACCUGCAGAAGUGCCUUGGACCCACCUGCAAGAUCCUGGUGCUAAGAAACCAUGGCGUGGUUGCCCUAGGUGACACUGUGGAGGAGGCGUUUUAUAAGAUCUUCCACCUGCAGGCUGCAUGUGAGAUACAGGUGUCUGCUCUGUCCAGCGCUGGAGGGGUGGAAAACCUCAUCCUCUUGGAGCAGGAAAAGCACCGACCCCACGAAGUGGGCUCUGUGCAGUGGGCAGGAAGCACCUUUGGGCCCAUGCAGAAGAGCCGGCUGGGGGAGCACGAGUUUGAGGCCCUCAUGAGGAUGCUAGACAACCUGGGUUACAGAACAGGUUACACGUAUCGCUACCCCUUUGUGCAAGAGAAAACCAAACAUAAAAGCGAGGUGGAGAUUCCGGCCACAGUCACAGCCUUCGUGUUUGAGGAGGAUGGCGCCCCGGUGCCCACCCUCCGGCAGCACGCCCAGAAGCAGCAAAAGGAGAAGACCCGCUGGCUCAACACGCCCAACACCUACCUGCGGGUCAACGUGGCUGACGAGGUCCAGAGGAGCAUGGGCACGCCCCGGCCCAAGACCACAUGGAUGAAGGCUGACGAGGUGGAGAAAUCCAGCAGUGGCAUGCCGAUACGGAUUGAAAACCCAAACCAAUUUGUGCCUCUCUAUACCGACCCCCAAGAAGUGCUGGACAUGAGGAACAAGAUUCGAGAACAAAACCGACAAGAUGUGAAGUCUGCAGGGCCCCAGUCCCAGCUCCUAGCAAGCGUCAUCGCUGAGAAGAGCCGAAGCCCGUCUACAGAGAGCCAGCUGACGGCCAAGGGCGAUGUGGACACUAAAGAUGAGUCAGAGGAGACGGUGCCCAACCCCUUCAGCCAACUCACUGACCAGGAGCUGGAGGAGUACAAGAAAGAGGUGGAGAGGAAGAAACUAGAACUUGAAGGAGAGAAAGAAACUGCUGCAGAGGAGCCUGGCUCACCUGUAAAGUCUGCACCUGCUUCUCCAGCCCAGAGUCCAGUGAAGUCAGAGACAAAGAGCCCCGUCGUCUCCCCCUCCAAGUCUUUAGAUGAAGGUGCUAAGAAGACGGAAACAAGCAAAGCCACCACAGAGCCUGAAACAACGCAGCCAGAAGGGGUGGUGGUCAACGGGAGAGAGGACGAGCAGACAGCAGAAGAAAUUCUCAGCAAGGGCUUGAGCCAGAUGACCACCAAUGCCGACGCGGAUGUUGACACCUCUAAGGACAAAACUGAGUCGGUCACUAGCGGCCCCAUGUCUCCAGAAGGCUCACCUUCCAAGUCUCCCUCAAAGAAGAAGAAGAAAUUCCGAACCCCAUCUUUCCUGAAAAAGAGCAAAAAGAAGGAGAAAGUGGAGUCCUGAUGCGUAGUACCCUGGGGCUCCCAUCUGCACCCUCUCUUCCCCUCUCCCCUUCUCCCAUCUCCAUCCCUGAAGCACAGGGCCAAGGAGGGAUAGAGUAGGACCCUGGACCACAUUCUGAGGGGGGAACAUAGAGAUCUCCCGACCAACCCCUCAUUUACAAUUGCCCCAGAGAAAUCGGUGACUUUCCAAAGGUCACCGUUAGUGGCAGAGCCUGCACUAGAAUUCAGGCCUCCUGGCUCCCAGUCCAGCGCUGUGUCCACUAUACAACACUGCCUAGUUGUGGGCUGCCUUUGUGAGGGUGCUGCCCACUGAUCUGAGCCCCGGGCAGGAGAGCCAGAGUGGGUCACAAGCUCUCACAGGCUCAGACUAAAUCAGAUCAAGGCUUUUCCCGAACAAGUUCCUUUUCCUCAAGGGAACCCAAUCUCCUGCUGAUGGAGCUAUCAGUGUAUCUAGAAAUCUCUCUUCUCUUUUUCAUAGGGUCCCUGCCUUGCUGCUCGCAGUAACCAGACAAAUUGACCUGCCCCCUCCACUAGAAGUUUAUCUUUGUUCCCAAGGGCUGAUGGCUUAGCUUGUGCUCCCCCAAUCAUGAACCCUGAGCUUUCUUCAUGGAACCUCCUGAAUGACAGAUGGAAGAGUUGUAACAGUUGACAGACAUAAAGGCAAGCCAAGUCAGCCAUAGGAUGGGAGAUAAUUUAAUCUAUGUAAGAAGCCAGGUACUUGACCCAUUCAAAUCUCAGGCAAUUUGAAAGUAAAACCCAAUUUAGCUUAGAAAAUAGUUGUCUUGUGCUCAGGGCAGAAAUUUGAGGAAAUUUAGAUCUUCUGUUGGCUUUGGGUUAUAAGAGGAGGAUCAAAACAGCACAGGAAACGCUAUGCCUUUCUAGCUUUGCAUGACACACAGAGCGAUGUGGCUCUACCCGUCUCACUCUUGUCCAGCGGUUAGGUGUCUCCUGACCUCUCAAACCCAGAAGCACUGGCUCAUAGAGUGGAACUGGCAUCUUAUCCUUGAGUUCCAACUCAGUCAUGCUGGGUCCUGCAGAGAAUGAGAUGAGCCCUUCAGGAUUAAUCAGAUAAAUGCUUGGGUGUCCCCUGCUCUGUCACUAUCCAUUCACCUUGGGGCCUGGUAAUAGCCACAGCUAUUGGUUUAAGUGCCAACACUAUGUUUUCAUAUCUUUCCAUGGGGCAUUGAUUAAUGAACAUUGUUGGCUCCUAAAAAAAAGACAAUCUAUUCUCUUGAAAGCACAGUGUCUUCAAAGAAUAUUUUCCCUUUUCAUCCUGGUCAUUUUUGAGCAUUCUUAAUCAUAAUUGUCCAUGUUUGAGCCCUUACUGCGCACGCGCGUGUGCGCACACACACACACACACACACACACACACACACACACACUGUGCAGGUUUUACACACAUUAUAUCCUUUAACUCUCAUGAUAAUCCUGUGAUGUGGGUAAGAUUAUUCCCAUUUUAUGGGUAAGGAAACUGAGCCCCCCAAAGGAUAAUUGACUUGUUCUAGGUGACUUGGCUAGAAAGACCCAGAGCCUGGAUUUGACCCAAGUCAGUCUGAACCCAGAGCCUUUGCUCUUAACAGCUAUGGUGAUCAGAAAACUUUAAUCCCCAAGGGUGGUGGUUUUAGUCCAGGACGAUUUCUGUGACUGGUCUCCACGGCAUAAUGUCAGCACUUGAAAUGAAGGUAGGAAACUACCUUGUUCUCUCUCAUCAGUGUGUGUUAAGUUCCUGGUUAAUGAGGACUGUGGCGAGGCCAGUAUGGACCUCUGACAAAGGAGAGGCAAGGGCCUUCUGGUCGCGGCAGGAAAUACCAUUCAUUGUUGUGCUAUUUCUUGAGAAGGAGGGAAACUGACAUAUGACUAAGGAAAACCCAGUGCUGUGUCUCACUAGUGCAGAUUCCCAAAUGCUACCCCUGCACCCCCGUACCCCCACACCCUCACACCCUGGUCCCUCUCCUACUUUCUGAUUAGGUCUUAAAAUGGACAGCCCAACAGUCAGGCACCACUGCCUCAGAAAAGUCUGUAAUAUGGGAAAUGCCUUUAAAAGCCAAUGCUUUGAUGCCUUCUUAAAAAAAGUAGAUUUCACAUUCAUUCAUUCACCCAUCCAUUCCUUCACAAUUUUGUUAAGCACCCACUAAAGGUCAGGCAUUAGGCUGACAUGAACAGAAAACAAUCAUUGUGACUAGAAUAAUCAGUGGAAAGCCAUGUUAAGAGAAGGGUGGAGUGGCUACAACCAUUGAUGCGGCUUUCUGUGUUUGAGUGGCUCAGAGAUGGUGUCGAUUGACUUUGCAUUCAACAGGUCCACUUCAUUCCCUUUACAACAGUGAGGCCUCAUUUAGGUGAAAAUGCCAGAGCUUGCUGGAAUUUGAGCAUCGUCCUUGGAAUUCAUGCCAACCUUGCCAUUAUCCAUUUGUUCAUUCCUCGUGCAUUCAAAGAACACACAUGAGCUUGUGUCACGGGCUGGGCCCAAGGGCAGGACUUUCCUAGCCUGCAGGAAGUUCAUAAGUAAAAGAGUCAUGUGGACAAGUUACAAAAUGGGCAAUGGUGCAGAGGUGGCAUUAGGAAGCAAUGAUUUACUGUCUUCUGGGCCAGAGAAACUGUCUUGAAAGGAGUGAUGGUUGAAUUAGGUUUUCAAAGCAGCAGAAUUUUCCAGGAGGACAAAAGGGUUGGCGGGACCUUCUGUGAUGACGGAAGAGCAUGUGCAGAGGCAUGGAAGCAUAAAACUCCAUGAUGUGUGCACUCAGCAAUUCAGGACUGCCGGAGCAUUAAAAUGUAAAGUGGGGGUAGGGGCAGGGCUGGAUCAUAAAGAAACUUGUAGAAAGUAUGAAGGAGCUAGACUUUAUCAUGUAUGGGGGUUAGAGCUGCUGAGUCAUGAUCAGGCUUGGAUUUUAGAAGAAUUUUGGUGGCUGAGUGAAGAAUGGACGAAAGGAGUAAAGGAUGGGAGAGCUCCUCAUAAUGAGGCCCUUCUGAAACGUCAGUACUAAACCAUGUUUGGUGGCCCGUCUUACACGACAUUGUCCUUUAUAGUAAAUAGGGAGCUUCCGGCACAGAAUUCAUUUCCAUCAGAUUAUUUGGUUAAGGCAUCUUAAGCAAUUGAGAUACGGAGAGGGAAAUAUUCAGAGCUAAUAGUUAGCAGAGUUUCCAGUUCUAUUUUGACUUGUGUAGAGAUGCUGUUGAACAGUCUGCUAAUUUCUUCUUCCCUAGUACAUGCUGGGUGUGGCACGCUUCGCUCCAGGCUCGAGGCUGUGCACUAUGAUGCUAUUAAAGCAGAUGUGUAGUCCAAACAGAGCCACAGGCUUUUAGGGCGACAGGAGGGGCCAUUGUCUUUGGCUCUGGAUAAAAGCUGGCUGAACACUUGGACCGGUAUCUGUCUGGAGAAAAUGUAUAUAUGAAGAACUCAGAAUUGGCAGUCCAUAGGUUCACUUCAGGUAAAGCCACUGUGCUUGGAUAUACCGCAGGAAAGGGAUGAGAAAAUGCAACCAAUCUGCUGUGCUGUGGCUGAAAUGAGAGAUUUCUGAGGCUGUUUCCACAGGAAGAUGGGCAGAGGUGGGGAAGCAGAGAGAGAGAUGGUCACAGAGAGACAAGUUUGGUCCCAGUGACUCUGUGCACUGGUGGCUGGCACCCAGCAGGGGUGUGGGACAUCCAUCUAUACCACAUGACCUUUCCUCAAACUUUGCAAAGAGCACUGCCAACAGACAACCCCCAGCCUAGGUAUGAGCUCCAUAAAAGCCUCAUGGCCUGUAGGUGACCAAGAAACUCCUGCUUCGGCCACGUUAUACACAGAUAACAAUAAUUUCCCUCAACACUCUUGUAAUGAAAAUGGGCUCUUCCUCUGCAGAUGAUAAGUUAAAGGACCUGGGGGAGGGGUCGGAUGAACCCCCCAUAAAGCAUUGUCCUUAUACCACUGACGUGUAUACUGAGCCUUGAAUCCUGCUCCCUGUAUCUAAUACUGUGCCACUCAUUCCUGAAUGUGGCAAGACAGUCACUCAGAUGUCGUCUAUCACUGUCGUAACAGAGGUCUACUGCCCCUGUCAACAUGGGGAGAAAUGCCGUAAAGCCACUUCUCUGGUUGCAUGGAUUUGAAAGAACCAUUUGCCCAAGAGCGCCAUUCACUCCUGAAAGUCUGAAAGAUGAAAGAGUUUGGAUUUUUCCAUGCAGGCAUUCACAGGGAUACGGGGACACACAGCCCACCAUUGACCUGUAUGCCAUCUUUUGCAUAAGAGUGACAUUCAUGUUCUAGUUCCAGGCCAAGUUUCAGUUUCUGACUAUUGAACAAAUGAGAAAACAUAUAGCACUUACUCAUUUCUCUCAAGGGUGGGUCAGCAGGAGCCCUUUGAGUUGGCUGGCACAGUUGCAGUUGACUCUGAGCCUAGAGGAAACAGGUCUUCCAUCUCUCACCACUUGAGCAGACUCUCUAGGACAACAACAUUCAAAGAGUCUGAGAAGAAAUGAGAGAGGGGAUGGAUCUAUGCCCUUCACUCCCACAGAAGAGACAGGGCACCUCACAAUUCAAAACCUCAUGGGACACCUUACUGCCAGUGUGCCACAUCUAUUCCAAAAGAGACAAUUUAAUAUGAGAAGUCAGAGGCCUUGAACUGACUCUAAUGAAAUGUGCUCAUUGGUUAUUUACCUGCAUAGGUCCACUUGUGCCACAAUACAAAAAAGCAUACACGGUAGAGCGAUUAUUUCCAAAUGCCCUGUCUAACCAACCUAUCCCCUUGAUGGGACAUACUUCUUGCCAAAAAUAAGAGCAUCCACCUAGAGACCUGUUACCAAGGCACACCCAGCAGCCUCUUGUGCCUCUCGGCGAGGAGCCACCCUCACCCAGGAAUCAAAAUGGAAAUUUCAGGUGGGGAGUCCUUCUUUAGUGGAGAAAGCUUUCGUCACUUUAAUAUAGACAGGCCUCUCUUUUUAGGCACAGUUAGAAAGAAUCUCCAGAUGGGGGUGUUCUUAAAAAUACAGAAGUAACGGUUUGCAUUGAUUCGUACUUAGGUGGUGUUAGGUGUUGUUGAAUUGAUGAUUGGUGCCAAUUGCCUCAAGAUGUCCCCAAAAGUUGGAUUAUGGCUUUGAGAAAUUGGGGCUUGAAGAUGGAAGAGAAAUGGCCACUAUUAAUGACCCAGGUAGGGACUCAGGUGGGGCCAGAGCCAGAGCCUGAGCCUGGGUGUGGAAAGGUACCAGCAGCUUUCCCAGUGUAGUAGACUCCUGGGCUCCCUGUCUCACCACGUGUCCCAAGCAGCUGGAUGAGGCCAGCUGUGAUGAGGCAAGUCCCCUAUCCCCAUAUCAUGUAAAGACAAUGUUGUGAGGGUGGCGGGGAAGUAACUAUCAAAGAACCCCAAACUCCUCUCCCUCCCAGCAAAUCAUCUUGUAUUACUUUUAGAAGCUAAAAGGCCAGAUCUUCCUUUUAAAGUGAAUCGAAAGGAGGAUGACAGUUGGAUCAAGGACAGAGGGGGCCACGUUUAAAUGCAUCAAAGCCCUUACAAAAGGGAAUGUAUUUUAGGGACUUCUGCCCUCACAUUUCAGCUCCACCUCAUGCCUCUCCGGUCUGCUUUGUGGGAGAUUGUUUGAUCUACACGGUUGGCUCCACCUUCCAAUUCCUGCAAUCUAUGCUGUAACUGCUGAGUUGCUGCAGAGCCUGGGCUGGCUUGUCCUGGUUGUGGGGGUCUAGAUAGAGAGUGCGGCGUUCUCUAAAGCUGUGGAUGGUUUCAGUGAAAUGUGUGUGUCUGACAAUCGUCUCCCUUGUACAUACCUUGUCUGUGUUUAGUAGCUUGUCCUAGUAUUGUGAGGUUUCAAAUAGAGGUUCCAUGUAAAUACUCUUCCUGCUACUGAAAUGCCAGCCUCCCCACCCCCACCCCUCGAUCAUGCAGCAGCCCCACUAAUGGUUUUACCUUUCUCUAUGCUAACACUUUUGGAGCCACUGACGUGCAGAUGAUGAUUAGUUUCUUGGGCUUUUAUUUUGCAAUUUUAUAUAUAUAACACACAUAUAUUAUAUAUAUAAUAUAUAUAUUUAUGGGUUGGUUUUGUAUAGUUUUCUGUUUGAAUCUCUGAGCACCAAAGCUACCCUUGGAUUUUCUAGAGAAUGUUCUAAAACUGCUUCCUGACACUUCCCGCCCCCCCCCCCUGCUUUGGUGUUUGUGGUGCUGGGUAGUACAUCUGAGUCUAUCUGCCCAGGGAUGUCUGUAUGUACGUGCUCUUAUCUCACCUGCAGAUAUUACCCUAGUAAAUCUACUGUGCUUGGCUUCCCAGUGUGUGACCCAUCUCUGUCAGCCACCAGAUCUCCCAGCUCCCAGGGGAGCAGAAGCCAGAGAGGGGAUCUAUGUAUGGCAACAUCUGACCACAUCCUUAUCCUGGAAACCGUUCCUUACACAUGCACAACUGAACAUGUGGGUCAUUGGAUUCUGAUUGGGGAGGGAGGCAAUAAAAUGUUCUAGUCCUCUGAGAAGGGCAAGGCUA